AUAAAGCUAGAAGCGCCUGGAAGAGUGCAGUCUGGAUUAAGCUUCUGCUUUGGCUGCAAAACUAGGAUAGAGGGAGGGAGAUCAAGAAGCAGGAAAGCCAUUGUGAGUUAGAGAGAGAGGUCUGAGUGAGAUGGAGGUUUAUUUUAUAGCCCGCUGUCUGUAAAUGACGGUGAAAGGGAGGUGAAAGAGCAAAAUGCAGGAAAACCAGGAUUCUCAGAGCCGAGCCCCCAGCAGCCUCAUGAAGGCUCAUCCGGCUCUCAAAGCCUUCAUGUGUGGCUCUCUCAGCGGCACCUGCUCCACACUGCUCUUCCAGCCUUUGGAUCUGGUCAAGACACGGCUACAGACCCUGCAGAACAAUGCCAAGCCGGGCGCGCCGAAGGUGGGGAUGUUUACUGUUUUUGUCAACGUCAUUAGGACAGAGAAGUUCUUCAGUCUGUGGAAGGGCGUUUCACCAUCUUUCGUUCGCUGCAUUCCUGGUGUUGGAAUCUACUUCAGCACCUUCUACUCCCUGAAGCAGCAUUUCUUCUUGGACCAGCCACCCAACGCUUUUGAGGCCGUUCUGCUUGGAUCCGGGGCCAGAGCUGUGGCUGGUGUCUGCAUGCUGCCGUUCACGGUCAUCAAGACACGCUUUGAGAGUGGAAAAUUUAACUACGUGAGUGUCGCUGGUGCUCUGAGGAGUAUGUAUGAGACGGAGGGGUUCAGGGCUCUCUUCUCAGGCCUGACUGCCACGCUGCUCAGAGAUGCUCCAUUCUCCGGCAUCUACGUCAUGUUCUACAGCCAGGCAAAGAGAGCACUGCCUCAAGAGGUGUCUUCGUCGCCUUACGCGCCGCUGGUAAACUUCAGCUGUGGCGUAGUGGCAGGUGUCUUGGCAUCGCUGGUCACUCAGCCAGCAGACGUGGUGAAAACCCACAUUCAGGUCAGCUCAUCCCAGCGGAGCACGAGAGACACAGCCAGGCACAUUUACAAGGAGUACGGUAUGAAUGGGUUUUUUCGUGGCGCUGUACCCAGGUCUCUUCGACGCACUCUAAUGGCUGCUAUGGCUUGGACUGUCUAUGAACAGCUGAUGGCUCAAAUGGGCCUCAAGUCCUGAACAGCUUCCCGCUGCACAAAUGGAUGAAUUAAGAACUGAUCAAGAUAUUUCCUGACAACAAGUCUCAUGCAAGAGGAAACCAAGAAGAGGAUUUUAGAGGGUGAGCCAGCACUACUGAGAAGUUCAGCAAAGGAUUGCGUGAGUAGAUGGUAGCACGGUGUGUGUGCGUUCAUGUUAUUUAAAUGUGAAAAUGUGCCUGUUUGUGUCAUUAGAGAUUGUGUUGACCUGACACACUCCUGCGUUGUUGGUUGUCAGACUACAGUGAUACCUGUUUACCUUUACUGUUUAUGUCCCCCACUCAACAAUGUCCCUAGAGAGAGGCUGUGUCUCUGCUGGGCAGCAUAGUUGCUUUUGAUAAUAGAAACACGGGAGACUCGGUGGGUUGCUGUGCAUCUGCUGGAAGAACCAAACGCAGCAUACAUGGCAAAAGAGGCGCCGUGAUUCCUACUGUUAUGAAGCUCGAAGUCUGAGCAAUGUUUGCUUGCUACUGGUUAAUUGGUGAGCAGAUGUAGAAGGCCAGUAUCUGUUUCAGGCUAAGACAAUCACAAGCACUCGCACAGUUGCAUUGUGGGAAGCGAUUCUACCUUUUAGAAAACACAAUAAAGCCUUUGAUGCUGUGCUGCUCAAAACUAUGCUAAGCUGAACUUCAUACCACUGUGGUGUAAUGUUGUCUCCAUGAUGACAGCGACACUAAGUUUUUAACCAUUAGUAGAACCAUGGGGACAUGUUCAAUGUUUCACUUUGUAAUUAUUGUGCACACAAGGGUAACACAACAAUUGGUUAUUAGUCUGCUUACAGCUGGCAGGAGUAACGGUACUUCAAAUAUUUUAACAUGUUGGAUGAAGGUUAACAAGAAUACUCCACAGGACACGUUUAUUAAAAAUUUGCAUUGUUUCCUGUGUUUACACAAGCACUUGUUUUUCUAAACUUUUGUCAUGAUGAUUGAAUUGAAAUAUUCAAAUCACAUUUACAAGCAUUACCUAAUCACUACUCUGGCCUUUAUUAAAAAUUACAAGUUUCCAACCAUUUUGACUUUAUGGAGACUGUACUGUUUACUGGAGACUCAACCUUUGCCUGUAAAACAUGAAGGUUUUAUUUUUAUUUUGCUUGUACAUUUUUAUAUAUUACAUGUAUUACUAAGAAUGUUUAUAGAAAAGAUGCCAAAUGAAAGGUCUCACUAGUGGAGAAAAGAAAAUCACAUUUUGAUAAAAAUUCACCCCAACUAUAAUCCUAAAACUAAAAUUCUUGAUCUAACAUAAACAAGAGGUUAUUAAUGACCAGUUUGGUCUGUGAUAUAACAUGAAGGUGAACAUGUGAUACAGUAUUCUAGUAUUAAUCAACAUGAAUGUGAGUAGGGGGGAAAACAGCUGCACAGAACAGGCUGAGCCGAUAACCGUCUCCAGAACAGCUGGGGUUGACUUCCCUCGGCUCGGGGUUGGCUGUGUGAUAUGAAAUGUGUUCCUCUAACCUACGUGUGCUCUAAGUUACCUUUCACCUCACUGAUCAGCAUCGUCAGCGUUUGCCUCUCCUCUGUUGUGACUAUAUUGUAUAUGGUCAUUGUUAUUGUAGGUAUUCAGAUCCAGCCUGACUCUGACUCCUCCUGUCUGGGUUCUGACGUCAAUAAAUGUCCUUCUUUAUAAAAGCA